AACAUUGCAUCAUUAACAAACCAGAUCCCUGAAGCCAUUCUUUCAUACCCUAAUAUCUCAGUCACUCAAAAUGUCUCGUGCACUGAGAAAACUGAGAGGGGAUUUUCAAGUGUCGGAUGCUCCAGUAUUGACUCACUCGGAGAGUGAGGAAGAAGUUUAUGGAGAUGCCAUGAAAAAUAAUCCUUUUGAACUGUUACAUAGCCUGAAUGGAGAGAAAGAAGAGGACCAUGAUGAUGGGCCUGUUCCUACAAGUGAGAAUCCAUCCACCUUGAAAGCAAGUAGGCCGAUGCCUAUUUCAACAGGAGCACGCAAAAAGACAAGGAAGAAAGCAAAAAAAGGAAUUUCAUCAGCCCCCAAUAGUGGAGCUUCCGAAAUGGGUGAAAAUGAGAUUGAUGAGACAGUGGAAAGUCUACAAGCCUUCAUGCUGCACAACCAGCAAAUGGGUGCUGAAUCUGUUCUGCAGUCAUCUUCACCAGUGGCCCAAAAACCACUCCUCUAUAUUGACCUGAGGAAAUUGGAUUCAGAGGCAGAGAUGCAGAAAUUACUAAGGGAAAAAUCUUCAUCUCUUCGAAUAAGGAAGGAAAAGGGGGACAGAAGGAGAGUUUCCCGGAACCAGCAUCACAACCAUCCUAAAACUGUGUUGGUCACUGCCAAACCAGGGUGGCCUUUCAUCAGAAAAUCUGGUGUCUCCAUGGUCCUGCUGAGUAAAGAGGGCAAUGUGUCAAACUUCAAAUAUGAGCACAGCAAGAUGUAUCAAGAGAUUCAGUUUGCCUUUCUGGAUGCUGUUGAGAGUCUCAACCCAGAUCAGAUUAAGGAUUUGGUUGCAGAGCACCCAUAUCACCUUGAUGCCCUCCUCCAGCUUUCUGAGAUGUUUCAUUUUGCAGAGAAUUAUGGAACAGCUGUGGACUUAAUUGAAAGAGCUCUCUUUUUUUGUGAAUCUGCUUUUCAUCCUCUAUUUCGCAUUGCAUCUGGGACUUGUCGUCUUUCAUAUCGAUAUCCUGAGAACAGGGCUUUGUUCAUAGCUCUGUUUAAGCAGUCUGAGUAUGUGGCAGGAAGAGGGUGUCCUCGCACAGGCCUUGAGUAUGCCAAGAUCCUCCUGAGUUUGGAUCCAGAUGAGGAUCCACUAGCUGUCCUCCUAUAUAUAGACACUCUUGCCAUUCAGAGCAAGGAAUUUGAAUACCUUCUGGAGAUGAAUGGUCUUUGGGAAACUUCUCGUAACUUGUCACAACUCCCCAACUUUGCCUUCUCAGUACCCUUGGCUCAAUACCAUCUCAAUAGAGAUGAGGCAGACACAGCUUUGCAAGAAGCCAUCCUACGUUUCCCUGCAUUUGUUUCCCUCCUCAUGGAUAAAUGUGGGAUCCAGUCUGACAGAGUCACAUCUCAACAUCCCCAUUUCUCUCAGCAACACAGUGAUGGGUUGAUGAAACUUAUCAAGUUAUAUGUUGCUCGGAGUUACAAAAUCUGGAAGUUACCUGAAGUUCUUCGUUGGUUGGAAGAAAACAUGUCUGUGGUGAUAGGACGAUUGAAGUCCCUUGAGAUAGCAGGUGAAAGAGAUUCUGAGAUCUUAAAUUCCACUGAGAGAGCUUCAUUCAAAGCCAGAUUGGAAGAGUUUGCUGAGCAUCACAGAAGACGCUAUCAAGGAAUGCCUCGGAACAUUCUCCGGCACAUAGCACUGUCAGGAUUCCCUGAAGUCUCUGCUGCAGGAAGUGAGGAACGAGGUCAGACAGUGAUGUACUACCAUGAUCCAUUUCCACCUGCUGAUACCAUUUAUUCAUAUUCUCGCCCUGGAAGGCAACGUCCAGAAAUGAGUUUCCUCUCAACACUUCUUCACACACUUUUUCCAUCCUCCAGCCUCCCCGAUGCAGCCAGGGAGGAACAAAGGCAGGAACCAAAUGAUGCUGGUGCCCAAGGAGGACCUCCUGGUGCAGAGUUCACACGGAGUCUCCAUUCUCUUCUAGAUGCUGUCUUAGUUGUCCUAGAUAAUUAUAGACCAGGAAACAAUCCACGUCAUGUAGAUGAUGGUUGUGAAUCUUGAGAUUGGAAUCUCAAUAUUUUAUGUGGCAGCUAGGCAGUAAUUCCAUGAACAUAAGCAUGAAUCAGAAUGGCCGAGAUGCUGGGAAGCAGCUUCUUUGUGAUGCAAUGCAAGAUCUUGAGCAUCUUUGUCGCCUCAUUUCCACAAGAGCUUGGGAAGAGGAUAUCAGUUCUGCCUGGCCUCAGCUCUGUGCGAAUGUUGUUCGUUGUGGGACACAGCUAGAUGCUUCAUACAAAGAUCAAAUGGAUAAGUGCUUCCGAAUGCUUCGAGAUGGAAGUCUCGAUGGGCACAUUGAUGUGAACAGUCGACUUGCCUUGUUGAGCCUGGUGGAGCUACGUGCAGGCCAAUGGAACAACAUCGAGAACUCUACAUUUUCUCCCUUGGGGGAUCGAGAGGGAGGAAUGAGUGCAAGCCCUUUGGGACUACCUGCCUCUCAGUCAAAUCAUCUUCAUUUCUCCUUCAGGCCAGGAGAAGUUCUUAAGGCAUCUGGCAAGUAUCCAGUACCCCAAAAAUUGCCAGGGAAGAACUUCUUCAAGGAUGAAAUUGUGAUUCGGAACUCAGACUCUGGGAAAGUUAUGGGGAUCAAAGGGAGACGGGUGCACAUGAUAGAACAGAUGAGUGACACAAUUGUAUCCUUCCAAAGAGUGAGUCCUGGAACCAAGGAGAGGAUGGUUCAGAUCACAGGUGCUUCUGAGGCCAAUAUUGAGCAUGCUAAGGCCCUGAUUGAGGAAACCAUUCGGCGGAAUGCCUCUCCAAAACGAGUUCAUUCAGAGAAUGCAGACGUGGGGGAUGAUGAGCAGGGAGUGACUGACUCUUUGUCAUCUGCUCAUACUUCUCUGAGAGGUAAUGGAUUGGGGGAAGGAUCCAUGGAUUUCUGCUUUACCAUCAAUGUUCCACCUGGUCACUUGCUACGAGUCUCUGGAGCUAGCUUCACCCUCGUCUGGGCUGCAAAAAUGAUAUUGCAAGGCCAGUUCAGCAAUUUAAAUCUUGAACAACUUGAUGCCCUGACAAAAUCUUACAUGGACGUACAUGGCAUCCCACCAAGCCCGGAUACUGAGGAUGGUGAGGAUGAAGAUGAUGUGGACAUGGGAACUGAUGUGAAUGAAGAGGACAUGAAUGAAUCAUCAAUAGGUGAUGAUGUGACAUCAUCCACAGAUCUUCAUCCAACUGAUCGUAAGUUCAAACAAGCUCAGAAACCAGCAUGGUUUGAUUGGACUGCUUAUGUGGAAAAGGAGAUCCCUGGACAUGUCUUGCUGUCAGAGGCAGAUGUUGAGGAGGAGGAGGAAGAUGAUACAGAAGAGUGACAGAAACUCAGUUUGCUUUCCUGAUUUAAAUUUGCUUCCUGUCCUCUCUGAUCUUCCCCUUCUUUUCCUGAGGCAUUCAGCAUUUGAAUCUUGCACAAAAAUAUGGGUGCUUUUUGUCUAGUCAUGACAAUGAUGACCUGUUAAUGUGCCUUUCUUCUAGUCAAUUUUUCAUUCCUUGAUGGCAUCAUUGAAUUCUUUUUCUGGC